ACCUCGUCCGCUUCACUGAAAACACGACAAAAGACCUCAUAACCGUCGAAUGCUGAAGGACAAGAAAGACGACGAACUUCGUUAACUCGUUAUCUUCAGCGACGACCACUGCCUCCCAGCCUCGCUCUGCUCCCUCCACGUGUCUGCCGAAACUUCCAUUUCCAACAGAUAACCCCUCCCGUACCAAUCACCCACUGCCCCAAAGCAAUCUUUAUCCUCUCUUUCUCCCCACCUCGAAAAAAGCAAAUCCAAUCUCUCUUUUAUUAAAUAUAUAUUCUUUUCCUCUUCUUUGUAGCUUAUUUGUUGCUGUAGUUGCUUUAUUGGGUCAAUUUUAUUUUUCGUCUCUUUUGCUUAGCUUUGGGUCUUUGGAGGGGUUGAGAAAGAUGGAUCAUGCAGCUGAUGCUCAUAGGACUGAUUUGAUGACAAUAACACGCUACGUGUUGAACGAGCAAUCUAAGUACCCGGAGUCUCGUGGCGAUUUCACCAUCUUGCUUAAUCACAUAGUUCUUGGCUGCAAGUUUCUUUGCUCUGCUGUUAACAAGGCUGGUCUUGCCAAACUCAUUGGACUAGCUGGGGAGACUAAUGUUCAGGGUGAAGAGCAAAAGAAACUGGAUGUGCUUUCAAAUGAAGUCUUUAUUAAGGCUUUAGUAAGCAGUGGCAGAACAUGCAUCCUUGUCUCGGAAGAAGAUGAAGAGGCAACAUUUGUGGAGCCCUCAAAGCGGGGAAGGUACUGUGUUGUUUUUGAUCCACUAGAUGGUUCCUCCAACAUUGAUUGUGGAGUUUCCAUUGGAACGAUUUUUGGGAUUUACAUGGUGAAAGAUAGCCAUGAACCAACUCUAGAUGAUGUGCUGCAACCUGGGAAGCAUAUGUUGGCAGCAGGCUAUUGCAUGUAUGGAAGCUCUUGCACGCUCGUGUUGAGCACUGGAGAAGGAGUUCAUGGAUUCACCCUUGAUCCAUCUCUUGGAGAGUUCAUACUAACCCACCCAGACAUCAAGAUUCCAAAAAAAGGAAAGAUUUAUUCAGUUAAUGAGGGAAAUGCUAAGAACUGGGAUGGUCCAACGGCCAAGUAUGUGGAAAAAUGCAAGUUCCCUAAAGAUGGUUCCUCAUCAAAAUCUCUGAGAUACAUCGGAAGCAUGGUAGCUGAUGUCCAUCGCACAUUACUCUAUGGGGGUAUCUUUUUGUACCCUGCGGAUAAGAAGAGCCCCAAUGGGAAGCUGCGUGUUCUCUAUGAGGUCUUUCCAAUGUCAUUCUUGAUGGAACAAGCUGGAGGUCAGGCAUUCACUGGCAAGCAACGGGCACUUGACUUAGUUCCAACAAAGAUACAUGAGCGAUCUCCAAUAUUUCUCGGCAGCUAUGAUGAUGUUGAAGAAAUUAAAGCACUGUAUGCUGCAGAAGGGAAGAAGGAAUAAAUAGCUGAUGCUGAUUGCUAAUCAAUUGGCAAAGGCAUAUGCUGAUUGCUGGUUAUACAUGGCAUUCAAUAACAACCUAGCUGAACCUAAGAUAAGCUUCAGUGACUGCUUACAAAGGUUCUUGCAGAGGUCUCCCACGGAAUGUUGUUGUGAAUUGAAGCAGCUUUCCUCCGCCAUUCAACAAUCAUAACAAAGUUGUUUUUCAGAGUGCUUGAUUAGUUCACUUGUUUCAAUCUUAGCUUCGUCAAUCAAUUCAUUUGACAACUUCGAAUAAUUCCAGCCCAUUUGCAUACAAUUGAAAUAUAGGUUUGGAAAACUAAAAUUUUUUAAAUUGAUUGAACUAUAUAUUUCUUACCUUUUAGCAAA